GCAAUUGUGCUCUUCCAUGCUUAGAAUAUAUAUAUAUAUAUAUAUAUACCUAUCUAUCUAUCUAUCUAUCUAUGCUUCCAUGUGUGUCUACUACUUUCCCUCACUUUGUGCAUGUCAACCGUUUUGCUUUUUUGUGUUUAUUCGUCAUGUGGGUAACAUCUUGUGGUAUCCACCAGGCUCUUUCCCAUGCCCCGCUGAUGGAGCCUUGUUGUUGUGUGCUCUGCAGGGCUCCAUUGCACUGAUUGUUGUGAGUGGGUGUUAAUACCUGCAAGCCCAUCUUUGUGGUUCUGGGAGUAUGGGUCACAUUAGGUUGUGCUCGGCUGUCUCUCAGCCAUUCAUUCCGUUGUGUUGGUAGUACGAAUGGGUUCUUUGUUGCACAGUUUCUGGCUGGAGAUUCUCAGGAAAUUAUUCCCUUUUUUCUGAAUUACUCUGUGAUCUGGUAUUUUGAGGCGUGUUUUUUGGGAGUGGAUUGUUGCGUUUCCUGUUAUUCGAAGGGGGAGGCAAAUAUGAGUGAAGACAUCGACAAGCAUGUGCUUCGAAAAUACCACGUCGGACAGAAACUUGGUAAAGGGGGUUUUGGAAUGGUUGAGGGUCUCUGAAGUAGAGUUUCGGCGCAGGCGUAUGGUAUCGUUUGGAAAGCCGUCGAUAGAAGGAGCAAUGAAGUUGUGGCUCUCAAAAAGAUAUUUGAUGCGUUUCAAAACUCAACUGAUGCCCAGAUUAUUGAACGUAUUGAAAGCGGAGAAUGACCGAGAUCUUUAUCUUGUGUUUGAGUACAUGGAAACGGAUUUGCAUGCUGUGAUAAGGGCAAACAUUCUAGAGGAAAUUCAUAAACAGUUUAUAAUGUAUCAACUUUUCAAGGCUUUGAAAUUCAUGCAUUCUGGAGAGUUACUUCAUCGGGACAUCAAGCCAAGUAACUUGUUACUCGACUCGGAGUGUCAAGUGAAGGUUGCAGACUUUGGACUCGCGCGAUCGGUUGCGCAAUUGAAGGAAGAUGCUGGAAAUUCACCUGCUGUUCUGACAGACUAUGUUGCAACUCGUUGGUAUCGAGCACCUGAGAUACUUCUUGGGUCUACCCAAUAUACUUUUGGAGUUGACAUGUGGUCCAGUGGCUGUAUACUUGGAGAACUUCUGAACGGAAAACCUGUUUUUCCUGGAACAUCGACGAUGAACCAGAUUGAGAAGAUACUGGAAGUUAUUGGAAGACCUGCUCCGGAUGAUAUCGCUGCCCUCCAAUCUCCAUUUGCAGCAACCAUGUUGGACAGUAUGCCCAUCGACCCCAAGCCUUUCCUCCAAGUGUUUCCAAAAGCCUCGUCCGAAGCAGAGGAUUUGCUAAGGAAAUUGCUACAUUUCAAUCCGUUCAAACGCAUUACAGCAGAGAAUGCUCUGCGACAUCCAUACCUAGCCCAGUUUCACAAUCCAAUUGAUGAGCCUAUCUGCAGUCGAAUCAUACGCAUACCUAUUGAUGACAACACCAAGCUCACGAUUAGUGAAUACCGUGAAAGACUCUAUGCAGAGAUUGUUCAUCGGAAGAAGGAAAUCCGCAAGAAGCUUAGAGAAAAAGAGAGACUGAGCCGUGAGUUAUCUCCUGGUCAACGAAGGCCUAAACCUCGUUCAGGUGGCAGUGCGAGUGAAUCGAGAGAUCGUUGCCAUUAACAUCCCACUUCCUAUUGAAACAGUUGUGAAGUCACGAAUGGAGAGGUUUAAUUGUUCCACUGAAAGGUAAUGCCAAAGUUGCCUGGAAUUUCCAUCAGCUCGUGACCCAUGCUUCCUCAAGACAGAUUCCAAUCCCCAUCUUUUAGCUGUCCAUUCGUGUAGCUUCGAUGUCCCAAUCCCUAAAUGCUUGUUGGUCAUGACCAUACUUUACCCUAUUGCAUUUCAAUAACUAUGUCAUUCAACUACCCCAACUUGUAUGUGUUUUUGUUAUCAACUUUCAUAAGAAAAAGAUGUAUCAUAUCUAUAUGUCGAAUCUGACAUCAGUUGUACAACCCUGAGAAACCCACUUCAUUUUAAUGGUUCCCGACCUAGAUGAUUACAGUCACUUACUCAAAGACUCUACGAGUAAUGUACCCAAUGUUUGAAUGGCAGUUUUCUAGAACAUGAAUUCCAACCUCACAUAGUUUUGUGCAGAAGGUAUCA